AUGGAGCAACUUCAAGAAAACCAAGUUGUCCUUCAGGAAGAAGUAUCCCAAAUACGGUCCCAAAUGCAGCAGUUGAUGGAGACUAUUCAAGCUGUCGCAAGAGGCCAAGAGGUUAUGGCAAAAAUGCAAGAAGAAAUGAACCGACGUGCCAGUACUACCAAUCCUCCUACCCCUCCAGCGGUCGAGAUUCCGAUUCCAGUUCCUCAAGUUGAUCCUCCAAUUAACAUUAUUGCACCCGACGGUGUUCCAAACGACAACCUUCGUCCUCAUAUUUUUGAGACAGACGACCAACUCAAUGCAUACUUCAACCCAAGGGAUGCUUCUCAGGAUGACGCCUUCGGUUCGACAUUCAACAAGGUGGAGAGGAAGGUAAAGGCUAUCGAGGAAAAGUUCAAGGCAAUGGGGAGCACUGAUGUUUUGGGCCUUGAUGCGGCAGAAAUGUGCUUAGUACCUGGGGUCAUCAUUCCGGCCAAGUUCAAAGUUCCGGACUUUGAAAAAUAUAAGGGAAAUAGCGAUCCUAGGACACACAUUAGGGCAUACUGCCGAAAGAUAGCUGCUUAUUCCAGCGAUGAUCAACUUUUAAUGCAUUUUUUCCAGGAUUCCCUCAAUGGGGCAUCUUUUGAUUGGUACAUGAAACUUGAGGGCAUCAUAUUCACACCUGGAGGGAAAUGGCCGAAGCAUUCCUCAAGCACUAUCAGUACAACACUGAUAUGGCACCUAAUCGCACGUAGUUGCAAAAUCUGA